CUCCCGUCACAUUUACUCGUAUUUCUUUAUAAAUUUCAACCCAGUACAAAACAAGUAACCAUCCUAUUUCUAAAUCAAAGUAAACACAAGUAACCAUCCUAUUUGUAAAUCAAACACCUAAAUGGACAGCACAAAUGUCCAACAUGGGAUGCGUUCUUUCGUGGAGCACUCAUCUCAUGAGCAUCCACUAGUACUACAACAGAACGAUGAUGUAAUUGCAAGGGGUGCUUUAUGCUAUGUUUGCGACAGAUCGAUUGGAGACUCUGCUACAUAUAUUUGCACUAGUCGUGACAUUUUCGAGGACUGUGAAAAUUACUACCUGCACAAGAGCUGCGCAGAACUACCCACAAGUAUUGUUCACUAUAAGCACAAAGAUCACAAGCUUGUUCUGAAAUUACGUGAUUAUUGUUCAUGUGAUAUUUGUAGUCGCCAUGUGAAGUCGUUGGCUUAUGCAUGUGAAGAUUGUGACUUUGAUGUGUGUGUAAUCUGUUCUUUUGAACAGAGAGAGCUUCUUCAUGCUGGCCACUGGGAGCACCCGCUGACAUUGAUGCCGAGGAAUGCGUUGUUUGAGUGUGAUGCUUGUGGAGACGAAAGUAAGGACUCUUCGUAUGUGUGCACCAUCUGUGACUUUUGGAUCCACAAGGGAUGUGCUAUGGCGCCUCUUGUGACUGAACCUAACUAUCACAAUCACCCUAUCAGUCUCAUUUACUCCAUUCCUAAUAUUCAUCGCAAUUUUCGUAAAUUAUGUGGCAUCUGCCACUAUCGUGUUUACCGAAGCAACUGGAUGUAUUAUUGUCAAAAAUGCCAAUUUUUUGUGCACAUGCGAUGUGCUAUAAAGUAUAAUGAAGAGAGCGCAGUGUCCGACACUGACACAGUUAGUCUGGUACAAUUUCCUCUGGCCAGCGAAAAAUCUCUAUUUGACCUGUUUUCAGGUAACUGUUGCCGGUUCCAAGUUGACUUUCAAAGUAAUGAUCCAGACAUCAUUAAAGAGCACUGGAGUCACAACCAUCCAUUAGAAAAAUUCCAGUUCAUAAGCAGCAGUGAGAAUGAUAACGAAGACAAUUCAGAUGACAGAAGAGUGAUGAUUUGCGAUGGGUGCAUUCAACCCAUUUCUGAAUUUCAUCUUUCUUACUACGCUUGUAUCCAAUGUGCUCUCUUUCUCCAUCCCCUAUGUGCCACUAAGUUACCGAAGGAGUUGCCAAUAGGAGCAUGCACAUUUCACCCCGAGCAUCUGCUCUUCCUCCGGAAGACAGAUAGAUUCUAUAAAUUUGUGAAAUGUGGAGUCUGCAGCUUCCCCACCAACGGCUUUUACUAUCACUGUGAGAGUUGUGAUGUCAAAGUUGAUAUACGUUGUGCAUUCUUGCCCAAAAGGAUCAAACACAAAUCUCACAAGCAACACUCCCUUACUAUGUAUCGAUCUGACAAAUCCAAAUGUAGUGCAAGCAAAUUGCUUAUUGGUGAAGGCAUGCAAUAUGCAUGUAUGACUUGCACUGACUUCCAGAUUCAUAUACUUAGUGCAUUUUACCCACGUAAGAUUACGCACAAGUACGAUCCUCACCUCUUAACCUUGAGACAACCUCCAUUCUUCUACGAGGGAGUAUUAUACUGCCAAAUAUGUGAAGAACGAGUUAACAAUCAGUUUUGGCUUUAUUACUGUGACGAAUGUGAUCGUGGCUAUCACUGUGAUUGCGUCCGUCAGUAUGAAAAUGUCAAGUUAGGAGGGACCAUCAAACUUAGGCUUAAUGAUGAAAAUCACACAUUUGCAUUGGUUUUAAAGAGGCCACAAGGAAUGAAAUCUUCCGUGCAUAUCUGUUUUUACUGCAAGCAUGAAUUCAGUUAUGCAUUCUUAUUUGAAUGCGACGGCUGUGGAUUUCUUGCUUGCUGCAAAUGUGUCGAUGAAAUCUUGGGUGAGUAACUAGUCAGUGAAGUUUUGAGAUCCAUCCAUUUAUAGUGUAUUUGAUCCCUGCUGCACUCUUAACUCAAGAGUAGUUAUUGUAUUUCACUCUAGUUAUUAUAGUGAAAAGCAUGCUACUUUUCUUUUAUUCUGUUUAAUAAUAUUUGUAUAUUU